UAACAGAUAUUUUGGAUGAGCCCUUGCUCAAGUACAAUACAAAUACAAAUGGAGGCCAAAGCGACUAGCCCCACACGCUGCUUCAUUCUGUGCACUGCUGCCCGCCGUGGCUCCUAGCUUAUUCUCUGGAAAAGAACGAAGGAGCAGGAUCGUGCCGAGCUAAGCUAUGGAAGGGGCUGCGAGUGGUCGCUGCAGGAUGGGCAUGGCCAUCGCAGCAGCCGUCUGCCUGAUGCCGUUGCUGCAGCUGUGGGGUUGCGUCGCCGUAGAGGCGAAUGCGGGACCCUAUCAUUUUGUUAAGAGGCAUUUAGAUGAGGUCGACCGCAUGAGGUACAAGGACCCAACGCAGCCGCUGAACACGCGGAUCGACGACCUGCUGGGGCGGAUGACGCUGGCGGAGAAGAUCGGGCAGAUGUCGCAGAUCGAGCGCGAGAACGCCACCGCCGACGUCGUCAGCAAGUACCUCGUAGGCAGCGUGCUCAGCGGCGGCGGCAGCGUGCCGGCGAAGAACGCGCCGCCGGAGGCGUGGGUGGAGAUGGUGAACGGGAUGCAGCGCGCCGCGAUGUCGACGCGGCUCGGGAUCCCGGUCAUCUACGGCAUCGACGCCGUCCACGGCCACGGCAACGUGUACAAAGCCACCAUCUUCCCGCACAACGUCGGCCUCGGCUGCACCAGGGAGCCAGAGCUGGCGCGGAGGAUCGGAGCUGCCGUGGCGCUGGAGGUCAGGGCCACCGGCAUCCCCUACGUCUUCGCUCCCUGCGUCGCGGUGUGCAGGGACCCGCGGUGGGGCCGGUGCUACGAGAGCUUCAGCGAGGACCCGGAGGUGGUGCGCGACAUGACCGCCAUCAUCUCCGGGUUCCAGGGCGAGAUCCCGGACGCGACCGACGCCGGCCGGCCCUACGUCGCCCCUGGCCACCGCAACGUGGCGGCCUGCUCCAAGCACUACGUCGGCGACGGCGGCACCACUAAGGGCGUCAACGAGGGCAACACGGUCGCGUCCUUCCACGACCUCAUGGCCGUCCACAUGCCGCCCUACUACAACGCCGUCAUACGGGGCGUGUCAACCGUCAUGGUCUCCUUCUCCAGCUGGAACGGCGUCAAGAUGCACGCCAACCACUUCCUCGUCACCGACCACCUCAAGAACAGGCUCCGCUUCAGGGGUUUCAUCAUCUCGGACUGGCAAGGGCUGGACAGGAUCACGACCCCGGACCACGCCGACUACCUCCUGUCCAUCAAGCUGGGCAUCCUGGCCGGGAUCGACAUGGUGAUGAUCCCGUACACGUACACGGAGUUCAUCGACGACCUCACGCUGCUGGUGCGGAACGGCACCAUCCCCAUGAGCCGCAUCGACGACGCCGUGCGCCGCAUCCUGCGCGUCAAGUUCACCAUGGGCCUCUUCGACCACCCCUACGCCGACGCCAGCCUGGCGGGCGAGCUCGGCAAGCAGGAGCACCGCGACCUGGCGCGCGAGGCCGUGCGCAAGUCCCUCGUCCUCCUCAAGAACGGCAAGCCGGGCGCCGGCCCGAUGCUGCCGCUGCCCAAGAACGGCGCCGUCCUGGUCGCCGGCAGCCACGCCGACGACCUCGGCAGCCAGUGCGGCGGGUGGACCAUCACCUGGCAGGGCCUCACGGGGAACAACCUCACCGCCGGGACCACCAUCCUCGACGGCGUCCGGCGCGCCGUCGCCCCCGGCACGGACGUCGUCUACUCCGAGAACCCCGACGCGGCAUUCCUCCAGCAGAACCGCGCCCGCUUUGGCUACGCCAUCGUCGUCGUCGGCGAGCCCCCCUACGCCGAGACGUUCGGCGACAACCUCAACCUGACCAUCCCCGCGCCCGGGCCGGACGUCAUCCGGAACGUGUGCGGCGCCAUCAAGUGCGUCGUUGUGCUCGUCUCCGGGCGGCCGCUGGUGGUGGAGCCGUUCGUCGAUGUCAUCGACGCGCUGGUGGCGGCGUGGCUGCCGGGCACGGAGGGGCAGGGCGUCAGCGACGUGCUGUUCGGCGACUACGGCUUCACCGGGAAGCUGUCCAGGACGUGGUUCCGGUCGGUGGACCAGCUGCCCAUGAACGUCGGCGAUGCGCACUGCGAGGAUGCACUGUUCCCGUUUGGCUUUGGAAUCGAGACACAGCCGGCCACAUAUUAGAAGGUUAUUGCAUGGCCCAAAAUUGAGCUAAAUUCUUGGACUUUGUUAGCGUCGGUAGUGGGAAGCUUCUAGAAGAGAGCAGGAAGGAGUGAGGAUUCGGGAAGAAGACUUGGAAACGAGGAAAGCAGGGAGGAAGGCGAGGCUGAGAACUAGUGUCUUUGUCUGUUCAUUAAUUGUUCGAUACCUUCUUACAAUACUAGAGAGAGCUUAUAAACUACCACCCAGUCCGGCCAAAUACACGACCCAUUCGGACCCAAAUACUCAUGUGUUGUCUCGCCUCUACCGCUCCGUCGUUGUGGCAACGUCAGUAUCGUUGGUCAGCUUUUUCAUCUUCAGUGCUCCAUCUUCAGUGCUGGUGAGCUUCUGACGUCUUUCUUGUAUUGUUGCUGACAGACUUCCCCGUGAAAUAUCCAAAGAGAGAACUAUCAUUCGUAUCCGAGUUUUAUUACUAGAUCCUUCAGUGUAGUUUGUCGUAGACAAUAAUUAAUAAUGUAAUAUGGUCUCUCUUCGGUGACAUGAUCCAUUGUGUUUC